GACUAUAUUUGCCCACGGUGUGAAUCUGGUUUUAUUGAAGAACUUCCUGAAGAGCCAAGGAACGCUGACAAUGAGACCAGCUCCUCUACGUCAACCAGUGAUCAGAGCAGGCAUCCUUUUGAGAAUGUGGAUCAGCACUUAUUCACCUUGCCACAGGGCUAUGGCCAAUUUGCCUUCGGGAUCUUUGAUGACAGCUUUGAGUUUCCGUUUGGGUCCAACGUGCAGUCGGAAGACAACAGGGACUCUGAGAACCGGAGGGAGCGAGAGCAUCAGUCUCGGCAUCGAUACGGUGCAAGGCAACCCCGAGCCCGUCUCGCCACACGCCGUGCCGCUGGCAGGCACGAGGGAGUUCCCACGCUAGAAGGAAUUAUCCAGCAGCUGGUCAAUGGAAUUAUUGCACCUACAACAAUACCAAACCUAGGACUAGGUCCUUGGGGAGUCUUGCAUUCAAAUCCAAUGGACUACGCAUGGGGUGCCAACGGCUUGGAUGCAAUUAUUACACAGUUACUAAAUCAGUUUGAAAACACUGGACCGCCGCCAGCAGACAAAGAAAAAAUCCAGGCCCUCCCCACCAUACAGAUCACACAGGAACACGUAGAUUCUGGGUUAGAGUGUCCUGUGUGUAAAGAAGACUAUACAGUUGGUGAAAAUGUCCGACAGUUACCUUGCAAUCACCUAUUCCACAACAGCUGUAUAGUCCCUUGGCUGGAACAGCAUGACACGUGUCCUGUGUGCCGGAAAAGCUUAAGUGGACAAAACACAGCCACAAACCCCCCAGGACUCACAGGGAUGAACUUCUCAUCAUCCUCCUCCUCCUCUUCCUCCAGCUCACCAAGUAACGAAAACUCAUCGAACAACUCAUGAAUCUUAAUCCAACCCUCUGUCCCUGGGGCCCUGUCCAUUGUCCUUCCUCCCUCCCCAGCCAACAUAAGCAACGAAAGGGGCUUCCAGAGCAGAGCGAGGGGAGGGUGGCAAGGGGGAAGCAGCGCCCCCAGAAUUCCCUUUUGAGUUCUGAAGACACGGAGACUCUGGGUCCUUCAGAGAUGAGAAGCCUCAAGUUCUGUGAUGGGGGGAAAGAGCUCUGUCUAUUAAUAAAAACAUCCAUUUGCCGCGUGGACUUUUAACCAUUGCAGUGAAAGGCUGCUGCGCUCCACAGAUGGGAAACCCGUGGUGCUGAGCUAGCGGUUGCAAUUCUGAAUGGAAAGGUUGUUUGUAUGGUUUUGAAUUUGAGAUUCCUUUCUUU